AUGAACUAUCUGUACCCAGUGAAGGAAGAGUUCCCGGGUUCAAGUUCAUCACAAUCGGGUCCUGGUGACCCGGUGGUGAUGAUACCGCCACAGCCAAUGGAGGGUCUGAAUGACACAGGCCCUCCUCCAUUUCUGACCAAGACCUUUGACAUGGUGGAUGACCCGAGUACCAAUCGGAUAGUUUCUUGGAGCAGAGGAGGUGGAAGCUUUGUUGUUUGGGAUCCUCAUACCUUUGUUAUGAAUCUCCUUCCUAGAUACUUCAAGCACAAUAAUUUCUCAAGCUUUGUCAGGCAGCUCAACACUUACGGCUUUAGAAAGGUUGAUCCUGACAGAUGGGAGUUUGCCAAUGAGGGGUUUGUAAGGGGUCAGAAGCAUCUCCUUAAGAACAUUAAAAGAAGGAAGACACCUUCUCAGCCUCUUCCUGCACAACAAGCUCUAGGCCCUUGUGUGGAAGUAGGCCGGUUUGGGCUAGAUGGAGAAAUUGAUCGUUUGCGGCGCGACAAGCAGGUCCUAAUGAUGGAGUUGGUGAAGCUUAGACAGCAGCAGCAGAAUACUAGAGCUUACCUUCAAGCAAUGGAACAAAGGCUACAAGGGAUCGAAAUGAAGCAGCAACAAAUGAUGGCUUUCUUGGCAAGGGCAAUGCAAAACCCAGCUUUUAUGCAGCAGCUAGUCCAACAGAAGGAUAAAAGGAAGGAGCUUGAGGAAGCCAUGACUAAGAAAAGGAGGAGGCCAAUUGAUCAAGGACCUAGUGCUGUUGGUGGUGGCAAAUCGAGCCUAAAGGGCAAGGGAACAAACCUCAUUAAAUGUGAGCCUCUUGAAUUUGGAGAUUGUGAUUAUGAAAUGUCAGAGCUAGAAGCACUUGCAUUGGAAAUGCAAGGAUUUGGAAAGGCAAGAAAGGAACAGGAUGAAGAGCUAGAGCCACAAGAGAGUGGGAAAGAGUUCGAUGAGGGAUUUUGGGAAGAACUAUUUAGUGAGAGAUUUGAGGGAGACUUCAGCAUUCCAAGUGCAAUAGUAGGGGAAGAUGAAGAUGUGAUUAUCUUGGCUGAUCGCUUAGUUCACUGCCUCGUUGACCAUUUCUUUUUGGGUAGGAGGCUAAGGCCUCCAACAGUUGUUUCCAUAGUCUCUCAUUUUGCAUCUCUACAGUCUCGUCAAGUGCCAUUAGGCCAUAACUUUCAUUCUGGAUUUCUUGGUAUUGACAGGAUAGGGGGAUUAGCAAGCUGA